CCGGUCGAGCCCUGCGAGGCUGUUCUUUCGGUCGAGGCAGGUUCUUUCGGGACUCGGUCGACUGUAUCUGACAGCGGUGGUGCCAUGUCGGCAUGGCAAUCAGUGCAUGUGCUUCUCCAGUGUGUCCUUGCUGUGGGGACGCCCCACGUCGCCCAGGAUUCUCAACAUUGGAUGAGAGAGGCACGUGAAAAGCUCCAGGGUCCACACAACGCCUCCAUUGGAUGCGGCAGCGCUACUGGUUUCAGUGCAUGGGGUGGCAGCCAGGAUCCCAACGAGGGCUUUGAAGGGUGGGUCUAUUUGAUGGUUAUGGACUACAAGUUGGUCAACCGCUCUUUCUACCUUCAAGUUCCUCAAGACCUGGGACAACGUGCGGCGCCGGUGCUCAUUGGCUUGCAUGCGCAGGGCUUUCAAGCUGACAGCUACGCCAAUGGACAUGACUUUGGAAACUUUGGGCAGGCCUUAGGCUUCGUCAGCGUUUUCCCCCAGGGCUUGGAUGACGCUGUGCCUGGUGGCUCUGAUUUGGGGACGGGGUGGAACGUGGGUACCGCAGGUGACAAUCAGACCUGCAUUGGGGACGAGGUGAUGGCAGACUGCUACGCAUCAUGCUGGGAGCAAAACCAGUGUGGUCGUUGCAAUUGGUCCGGAUGCUACGAUGAACGGCUCUUCAUCGUCUCCAUUAUCGAAGCCAUCAGUGCGGUUCUUUGCAUUGAUCACUCUCGCAUUUAUGUCACGGGUGAAUCCAACGGUGGGAUGCUGGCGCACUACCUGGUGCAGUCUUUGCCAGGUGUUUUCGCGGCUGUAGCACCUUGGUUUGGCUCCCCACUUUUGGGCUAUGGUUUGGGUGCCCAAUUUGAGCUGGUUCGCGAUUCCAAAGACUGUCGGCAAACCGCCAUGCUCCAGUUGCAUGGGAGGGAUGAUGAUGUGAUGCCAAUCGCAGGUGGAGUCGCAGGCAACAAGUGGAUCUACGAGCCCCUGAAUAAGAUCCAGCAAGGUUGGGCUGCCGUUCACGAUUGCGACACCACAGCGAGCCCCACCAAGACCUACUGGGAUGGGGGUACCAGCAAUUUCCAUUGCUUUGACUACAAGAGCUGCAGCAGUGGAAGGCGGAUCAUGCGCUGUUACUACGAUGGUGGGCACAUGGACUUGCCGGACAAUGGCGUGGCAGAUCAAAUUACCCUGUGGUUUCUCCUGCAGUAUCGUUUAGAUGACUCCUGGAACCCCUGGGCAGAGACUGAGACACUGCAGGUCGUCUAAAGGGUUCAAGGUUUUUUCCUGCAUGGCACCUAUACAGUAUGCGGAGUUGCCACAUCUACGACUCGUCAAGUUGCGAUGACUGAGCCUCCUUUUGCUUUCAGCUGUGCCAGCUCCUCAUAGCCUCUCCAUGUAGAAAGCAGAUGCAGCCGCAGGUCGGAAUUCGCACAGGAACGCGUGCUGCCAAAAAGGAUCAUGCACGUCACGUGCCAUAUAUCGUGCCAUUCCCAGCUCGCGCAGCUCGGUCGAGAGAGAUCCAAG